AUGACUUUGACAGUGAUUAGUAGUAAAAGACCUAUAGAGCAGGUAGAUGAUGAGUUGCUUUCACUGACUGCACAACAAGAAAAUGAAGAGCAGCAGCAGCAGAGAAAGCGCAGACGCCAUCAAUUUGCCCCCAUGACUCAGUUCAAUAGCAAUACACUGGAAGAGGACAGUGGCUUCAGGAGCUCCUCUGAUGCUGUGACAGCGGAGCAAGACAACUUUAUGGAAGAGUCCCCGUCAGGAUAUAUCAAGAAAGUAAUUUUACGAAACUUUAUGUGCCAUGAGCAUUUUGAACUUGAAUUGGGUUCCAGGUUGAAUUUUAUUGUUGGUAACAAUGGUAGUGGUAAGAGUGCUAUCUUGACUGCUAUUACUAUUGGUUUGGGAGCCAAGGCCAGCGAGACUAACAGAGGAUCCUCUUUGAAGGAUUUGAUUCGAGAAGGUUGUUAUUCUGCUAAGAUUACCCUUCAUCUAGAUAAUAGCAAUUAUGGUGCCUAUCAGCAAGGUACUUUCGGUAACGAAAUUAUAGUAGAGAGGAUAAUCAAGAGAGAUGGGCCUGCUUCUUUCAGUUUGAAAUCCGAAAACGGCAGGGAAAUCAGUAACAAGAAAAAGGAUAUUCAAACGGUAGUGGACUACUUUUCUGUUCCUGUGAGCAAUCCUAUGUGUUUUCUGUCGCAAGAUGCAGCCAGGUCUUUCCUGACUGCAAGUACAUCCCAGGAUAAGUAUAGCCAUUUCAUGAAGGGUACUUUACUUCAAGAAAUCACUGAAAACUUGCUUCAUGCCAGUGCCAUUCAUGACAGUGCGCAGGAAAACAUGGCUCUACACUUAGAGAAUUUAAAGUCUUUGAAAGCUGAAUACGAAGAUGCUAAAAAAUUGUUGAGAGAAUUAAAUCAGACUUCAGAUUUGAACGAGAGGAAGAUGCUUUUGCAAGCGAAAUCAUUAUGGAUUGAUGUCUCACAUAAUACAGAUGCUUGUGAAAAUUUGGAGAAUGAAAUUAGUGGCAUUCAACAGAAAGUUGAUGAAAUUUCUGAGAAAAUCAGAAAUAGGCAAGAAAAGAUUGAAAGAUAUACAUCUGAUGAUGGUACCAUUGAAGCCCAAAUUGAUGCAAAAGUUAUUUAUGUAAAUGAGAAGGAUAGUCAGCAUCAAAAUGCAAGACAACUUUUAAGGGAUGUUAAAGGCAGAUUUGAAAAGGAGAAAAGUAACCAAGCUGAAGCGCAGAGUAACAUUGAUCAAGGUAAAAAAAAAGUCAAUGCUCUAAACAAAACAAUUGCACAUUUAGAAGAAGAACUCACAAAAGAAAUGGGGGGUGAUAAAGAUCAAAUGAGACAAGAGCUUGAACAUUUAGAAAAAACCAAUGAAAGGUUAAGGGAUGUAAAUAAUUCUCUAGUUGUAGAUUUGCAAGACUUGAAGAAUGAGGAAAGAGAGAUUCAACAUGAACGUGAAUCAGAAUUGAGAAUUACUUCACGCAGCAUUCAAGACAAAAAAGUGGAGUUGCAAAAUAUUUUUAGGGGUAAUGAUACUUUCUUAAUGAAUUUUGAUCGCAAUAUGGAUAGGCUUUUAAGAACAGUAGAACAAAGAAAGAGCGAAUUUCAAACACCCCCAAUUGGACCUCUUGGUUCUUAUGUAACUAUCAAAAAGGAUUUUGAGAAGUGGACUCGUUCUAUUCAAAGGGCUAUUUCAUCUUCACUAAAUUCGUUUGUUGUGUCGAAUCCAAGGGAUAAUAGAUUGUUCAGAGACAUUAUGAGGUCGUGCGGUAUAAGAAGUAAUAUACCCAUUGUCACUUAUAGUUUGAAUCAGUUUGAUUAUUCGAAAGGUAGAGCGCAAGGGAAUUAUCCGACCAUUGUAGAUGCACUAGAAUUUUCGAAACCAGAAAUUGAAUUUCUAUUUGUUGAUUUAAGUAGAAUCGAAAAAAUAGUGUUAAUCGAAGACAAGAAUGAAGCCAGACAUUUUCUACAAAGAAACCCCGCAAACGUGAAUAUGGCUUUAUCACUAAGAGAUAGACGCAGUGGAUUUCAGCUUUCUGGUGGUUAUCGACUAGAUACAGUUACGUAUCAAGAUAAGAUUAGAUUAAAAGUCAACUCUUCAUCCGACAACGGGACUCGGUAUUUAGAGGAGUUGAUUGAACAAGAAACAAAAGAAUUGCAGAAUAUACGAGAUCGUUAUGAGGGAAAGUUGAAUGACGUGAGGUCAAAGUUAAGGGAAAUAGAUGAAAAGCUUAGAAACACUAAAAAUGAAGUAAGAAAAACGAAUUCUAGGAUUACGGAAUUAAAGAUGAAUGUUGGUAAGGUAGUUGACACCGGUAUAUUAAAUUCAAAAAUAACCGAGAGGAAAAAUCAGGAGCAAGCAAUCGCCAGUUAUGAAGCGGCUAAAGAAGAACUAGGGUUGAAAAUUGAACAAAUUGCCCAGGAAGCCCAACCAAUAAAAGAACAAUACGAUUCUACAAAAAUAGCAUUGGUGGAGGCUCAAGAUGAACUGCAACAAUUAAAAGAAGACAUCAACAGCCGUCAAUCUAGAAUUCAAAAAUACAAAGAUGAUACCAUUUAUUAUGAGAGUAAAAAGAAAACAUACCUAGAAAACAAAAAAAAAAUUGAAGCCAACGUAGCAGUAUUAAAUGAAGGUAUACAAAGGCAAAUUGAAAAUGCUUCUGCGUUUUGCUCAAAGGAACGAGUAGAUAACGUUGAUUUACCGGAUACCCAGGAAGAUAUCAAACGUGAAUUGGAUAAAGUUUCGAGGAUGAUUCAAAAGGCUGAAAGAAGUCUGGGGUUAUCACAGGAAGAGGUCAUUGCGCUAUUUGAAAAGUGUAGAAAUAAAUACAAAGAGGGCCAAAAGAAGUAUGUGGAGAUAGAUGAAGCACUAAAUAGGUUGCAUAAUUCCCUCAAGGCUCGUGAUCAAAACUACAAGAAUGCGGAAAAGGGGACAUGCUUUGACGCAGAUAUGGAUUUCCGUGCAUCCUUAAAAGUUAGAAAGUUCUCAGGAAAUCUUUCGUUUAUUAAGGAUACCAAGAGUUUAGAAAUAUACAUAUUGACUACUAACGAUGAGAAGGCAAGAAAUGUUGACACUUUGUCUGGUGGUGAAAAAUCAUUCUCUCAAAUGGCACUUCUACUUGCUACGUGGAAACCCAUGCGUUCAAGAAUUAUUGCGCUAGACGAAUUUGAUGUUUUCAUGGACCAGGUCAACAGAAAAAUUGGUACUACCCUUAUAGUGAAAAAAUUGAAGGAUAUUGCAAGAACUCAAACUAUUAUCAUUACUCCUCAAGAUAUUGGAAAAAUUGCAGAUAUCGAUAGUUCUGGAGUCAGCAUUCACAAAAUGAGAGACCCUGAGAGACAGAAUAAUUCCAAUUUUUAUAAUUAA